AUGCUUCUCUCAGACUCAGACAACCGACUUCCUGUUGUUUUCUCGCUAGUCCCUCUUAACAACGCAGCUGUCAGAGUCCUCAGACACCCAUCAAAUGACCACUUAUUCAAAGACAGUCCAGCCUAUAACAAGAUCGACGUUGUCUUCGACCCCAGCCGCUCAACUGGACUCUUCCCCUGCACCAUAGGCCGAGUAGGCCAUGUCCACAGUCCCCGUCCUAGCAUCGCCAACUUCCAAUGCAGCUUUCAGAUCCACCAAGACACCGGUGAGAUCUUGCUAGUGGACGACUCCCCUACCAAGAGCUGUCAAUUCUUCCAUUGUCAAAGCAGAGGGUCUCGAUUCUACGGGUCAAAGACUCGACCGUUCCAAGAAGGACUUCUUUCUCGUGUUGCUGUCAUUGAUCCAACCAUCAACACCAUAUUCAGCUUUGGCGGGAGAGACGCGUCUUGGUACAGAUGGCAAAUCCAAUGGCACGUCUCCCCACCACUUGACACGCUUGAAUGGAUUGCGACGAUGGAAAUUUCUGACAUUGGAUUGAUUGGCCGGUCUGAGACUGUUGCGAAUCUACCGCUGGUCCGACGCAAGCGUUACGAUCUCCCUGAGGAUCGCUUCCUGAGCCGUGAUAUCAUUUCCCACAGGUUGGACAUGGUCGUUACGAAAGCUGUUGAUGUGUAUUCCGGCCAGUACGUUGCUAUCAAGACUGUCAAAGUUAAAUCUCGGUUCGAAGAUAUCAUGGCCCGGCGAAACGAGACCGAGGAAAUCUUCACCAACUUGAAUCACCCACAUAUCAUUGAAUUCCUUCAGGUGGAAAUCCUGGAAAACGAAUACAAGCUGGUCAUGGAGCUUCAAGGGGGCACUCUGACCGAUUUUGCCCGCGAGAGGCCGUAUGAUCCACGAGCAGGGGAUCCCGUUAUUCGGCCCCUUUUGCACCAGAUGUUGCAGGCUUUGGACUAUCUCGCGUCCAAGGACAUCAUCCACCGAGAUGUCAAACCAGACAACAUCCUCUGGCGCAGAUGCGAGGGUGAGGUUGACUUGCACUACCGUCUUGCCGACUUCGACGUCGCUACUCCAUCAUCUGAUGAUCCAAUACUACUAGCUGGAACUUUACGCUUCAUGGCACCAGAAGUGUUAUUCCCGACCACAGUGACAGGGCAGCCUCACACACCGAAAAUCGACGUCUGGUCCCUCUGGGCUACACUCAUCUGGACGUUUAACAUGGGAACUACUGCCGCGCCUGGAAGAUUCCGCCAGCUUCUUGGAUCAUCUCCCGAGAACAUGAUCUAUCGAGAGAUAGAAGCUCAGGCCAUUGCGGAAGAGUACGGUUCGGCGUUUGCGGCAAUGGCGGUGUCGGAUCCUAAGGAUCGAGCUUCCGCGGGGGAACUUCUUGAAUGGAUGUUUGAAGGCGUUGGACGGACGACUUCUUAUCCAUGA